UCUUAUGAUUGACCUGCUAUUCUUUGGACUACUGGGUACGCAAUGAUGUGCACUCAUUAAUUGUCUUUUUCUCAUCAUUCUUUCGGAUGAUUCUCAUCUCUACUCCCUUCCUUUCUUUGUAUGAAAAAGAUUAGCAUCUGCCGCUGAAGCAUAGAUCUUACGUUGGAAGGUUUAGGUACAAUCUGGCAAAACAACUAUAUUUUAGUUUCGGACGUAUACCUGCUCUCUCUUUAGAGUGCAAAUCCUUUCUUCUUCAUCAAGGGCUGGCUUCGCUCGGGCUAUCGCCUCCGUGGUGAUACGGAAGGAGCUUCUAAUCUCGUCAGUGGCGAGGGAAUAAUGACACAGAUUUCAGCGCCAUCCAUGGAUAUUUCCGCUAUUACCAAGCCAGUUCUGGAUGCUAUCGAUUUGUUGCUACAGAAUGCUUUUGAAGCUUUAGAUGCCCCUACAUUAACAGAUUCCCAGCGCCAUGAGAUUUUCCAGGCAAUUCGGUCGAUGCUCCCGGUUGGUGAUAUUGUUCCUCAAAUUGCCCCUGUCCGCGCGGCUUGGGAAAAAUUUGUCUCGAUCUCAGAUACAGUGCAAGAAGCCCGCAGAACCAUUGAGGGUCAGUCAAAGCAAAAGUCUGAAUUUGUUACUGCAGCAGAGAGGAGGGCUGAAUCCAUUGAAGCGUCUCUGAAAACUUCAGCGGAAGAGAUGUCAUCCAUGCUGGAGAAACAAGCUGAGAAGAAGGAACGUGUGGAGGCCCUCUCCGCUCAACUACAAGAAGCUACCGUUGAGUUGUGUACAGCUGAAGAAAGGGUCAAGCAACUGGAGUCAGACCGUUCCGCCAAGCAAGCUGAAGCCAAGAAGUUGCAUGAAGAUUUGCUCGAAGCUAAUGUGAAAGCUUCCGAGGAAUUGGAGGCUCUUAAAGGGAAGACAUCGACGCUGGAGGACGAAGCCAAGUCUAUUAUUAGAAGUCUGAAGGAGUGGCGCUCCAUGUCCAAUUGAGUUUCUUUGUUCUUAAUAAAUCAGACAUGUUGUCUAUUUACAUUUUUUACUCAGACUUGCAUAAGGCGGCCAAUCGGCAAACCCAUUUUCUUGGGCC